AUAGCUGGCAUAGGUACAUUAUUUUAAAUAAUCAUUUUUUUUUUAUAACAGAGCAAAUUAACGAGAAUAUAACUUAAAGCUUUAUAAACCGAAAAAUAAAAAAGUUUGACGAUAUAAGACAUCAUGAAUGAUGAACAAGGAGAAAACACAACAAAAAAGAAAAAUAAUGUGCUUCCGAGUCAUGGAAACGACUGUAUGAAUCUUAAUCCACUUAUAUUAACAAACAUACAAUCGAGCAAUUACUUUAAAGUGACCUUGUUUCAGCUAAAAACUUACCAUGAAGUUAUUGAUGAAAUUUACUAUCAAGUUAAGCAUUUAGAACCAUGGGAACGAGGUUCAAGAAAAACUUCUGGAAAUUCUGGAAUGUGUGGUUCUGUGAGAGGCGUUGGAUCGGGAGGUAUUGUGAGCUCUGCGUUUUGCCUGCUGUAUAAAUUGUACACACUUAAGUUAACACGUAAACAGCUUAAUGGUUUGAUUAAACAUACAGAUUCACCAUAUAUUCGUGCUUUGGGAUUUAUGUACAUUCGAUUUUCUCAACCUCCUUCUGACCUAUAUGAUUGGUAUGAAGAAUUUUUGCAAGAUGAAGAGGAAAUUGAUGUAAAAGCUGGAGGAGGGAAUAUAAUGACGAUAGGUCAAAUGUGCAGACAAUUUCUCGUGAAGCUUGAUUGGUUUAGCACUUUAUUUCCACGAAUUCCUGUUCCCAUUCAAAAGAGUAUUGAGCAAAAAUUGAAUGAGUAUGAUCGAAAAUAUGGAACUCAAACGGUUAAGAACUCGCAACGUCAUGGUGGUGCAACUUCUUCAGAUGAACGAGUAAGAGAUCGUCCCUACAAAGAAUAUCGUGAUGAAAGAAAACGUUCAAAGUCCCCAGCGUACAAAGAAUACCGCGAUGAAAGAAAACGUUCACCAAAUGAGUCUCGUAGCCGAGAAAAACAUUCAAAAAAGAGUUAUCGAGAUCGAUCUAGGGAAAGAGAUUAUGAACGACGUGACCGAAAAAGAGAGUAUGAAUAUGAGGAAGGAAAAUGCUCACGACGGAAUUAGUUAACAUAAUCAACAAGCGAGGACCGUUUACUUAUUACAUCUUUUUUUGAAAAAUUACCGUUUUUCCGAACGUAAUAAGUAACGCAUAAUUUUUUAACUUGAUAAAAACGAUCAGGAAAAAAAAUCAAAACGUAAUUUCACCUCAUUUUUUUGCAUAAUAAAAUAAAAGUACAGAGAUAAAUUGUGAAUUACCAAUGCAGAUUGUAUUUUGAUUUUUAUUU